UUAUAAUCACGUCAAUCACGUGUUCGAUACAAACUGAAGUACUCAACUAGAUGUCCUGCACUCGUACGAUCGAAUGUGCUUAUGUGUGCGUGAGAACGAAUGACACAUUUUCCACGUAUACGCCUGCACGUUCGUGGGCUUAUUUGUUUUGAUUCGUUGUGUUUUGGUAUUGUCCUUGGCUUCUAUAAAAAUCUAGGUGCAAUAAGUUAGUAAAAAGCACAAAUUGAAGUUUACAUUAAAGUGUGCCGGUAAAUUCUGCAAGAUUAAAAUAGUUAAUAUAACAACAGAUUUAAUUAUGGAUAUAAGCGCUUUUUCUGGCGACGAUUUCGACGUGAGCAGUUGGAUCAAUGCGUCGUAUGAUCGGUCACAAAGGACAUCCACAGGGUCCGCCGGCAAGGAAGCAUUCGUUUCGUCCCUCGUCUCCAAGAUGCAGCUCUAUGUCCAGCAGAUUAACGUCGCUCUGGAGCAAACGGGUGGUCAAGUGUUAAAGAACAUCCCAAAGGUGAUUAGCGAUGCAAGCAUGUUGCAGAUUGAGUCGGGCUUGCUGAAACAGCGAAUGAGUCAGGUGCAGCGGGAAAUUGCACAUCUGCAAACCGAAACCGGUGACUGUAUGGUUAGUCUCGAACGAUUGGACAGCAUCAAACAGCGGCUACAAAGCUCCAAACAGUGCCUGCAGGAGGCAGACGGAUGGGGUAAGUUAGCGGGCGAGCUGGAAGACCUGCUGGAGAAGUCAGACAUCGACGGGUCCAGUGCGAAGCUGCUGUCACUGCAGAAAUCACUUGCAGCACAGAUAGGCCUGCACGGCCAUGCGGAACGAGAGAACCAAGUCGAGUAUUUUAAGAACCGUCUUGAAGCGCUCGUUAGUCCCUCGGUUGUGGUGGCAUUACGCUCGAUGGAUACAGCUGCCUGUCGCCGUUAUGUUGGCAUUUUCGAAGGUAUCGAUCGAUUACCACAGUUGAAGCAAUAUUAUCGAACGGUGCUGAAGACCUUCGUACAGGAGCAAUGGGCUGGUGCAAUCGAGGGCAGCGAAAGCGGAGGAUCGGACGUAUUGAAAGAGUUUUACGACAAUUUAUUGGAGCUUCUAAAGAAUCAUUUGCGCUGGUGUUGCCAGUGCUUCGGUGACGCUACCGACUGUGUGUUGGCCAUAGCGGAAGCCUUGGAAAACCUCGAACCCACGCGUGAGAGUAUCGUCCGAAGUGCACUCAAGCGAGCUACUGAUAAGUUCUGGACGUUGACACAAUUUUCCAAAGUAAACGUUUCGAUGGGUACGCUGAUCGAAGGAUGGGUACGCGGAGGACCACAACAAGAUAUUCGAUGCGAGAACGAGAUCGUCAUCGAUCGUCUCGCUAGUUCGCUGUUUGUGUUCUUUGGCCUGUUCAUAAAGGAGUAUCCGACACUGGAAAACGUCCAACUAGAGACGGAUUUGCAAAGUCUAGCGAUUGUCGGUACGGCUCCAGCCGACAGUGUGCAUAACCUGGAAAGUGGCAAUGAUAAAAUCAUACGUUGGGCCACGGAAGCAAUGACACGAUGCCAAGAAAUCACACAAAACUGUGCCCUGCUGUCGAUAGGAAGCGUUCUGCAGAACUAUCUUCUAUCCUAUCUUGACCAAUACAACAAGGUACAGAAGCAGCUUGCAGCCAGUCAACCGAGUCAAACCGACUGGAACCUCCUGCAGUUGAGUGUGGUUUUGCUGCAGUACCUUGGCACAUUCCGACAGGCUGUACAUGAGCUUGAACAAACGCUCAUAGCGAACGUCCAAACUAAACAAUCCCAGCUAAGUGCAAACCCGACACGGGCACGGUUUGAGUAUCGCUUGCACACGAAAGGAGAAGUUAACGAAAUGCGUAAGCUGGUUGCAACAUUCCAGGCAUCGUCAGAACCCAAUCGUGAGUAUUUCAGCGAAUUUCAUCCACGCAUGAAGCGUACUUGCGAGGACAUUCACGACACGAUGCUGCAGAUUGCAUUCUCGCCCAUCACAAAACACUUCAAGCAAAUUGAACCCGUCUCUACCGGUCCGGCGGGUACGACGAUCGGGUCGACUGCGAUGGAUGCAUUGCCAGAUUACAGCUAUGCGCCACAGGAAUAUAUCACACUGAUCAGCCAAUAUUUGCUCACGCUUCCUCAGCAUCUCGAACCAUUGCUACUAUCACCGGCUGGCGUAUUAAAAGCUGUACUGGAAGUGGCUGACCACAGGUAUGCCUCAAACCGACCCUGUGCGGAUGUUUUUCUCGCCCUCGUAGUGGAAGAAUCCGAAGCAUUGUACGUUGAACAGAUCGAGAACAUUUGUUCGCUGAGUGUAUCAGGAGCGAAACAGCUGGCUACCGACAUUGAAUACUUCGGAAACGUACUGGAAGAGAUGGGACAAUCUUUGGGAACUAAUCUGCAACAAACGGUUAAGCUUCUGCGAGCACCAUUGGAAUGCUAUGCGUCAAUAGCAACUGGUUGCGAUCCGGAAUUAGUUGCCGCCAUACGCCAAAAGCGUAAUUUAAUAUCCUGCUGAACCGCUAAAUUGUUCAAAUAAAGCAUUAUUAUAUUAUUCCGGAAUGUGA